AUGAAGAUAAUGCUAGCUAAGCUGCCUCGGCCGUGGAUAGUGGACGAUGCAAAAGAUGACGGUUACACCGCUCUACAUUUAGCAGCUCUCAAUAACCACGCGGAGAUCGCAGAGCUGCUUGUCCAGGGAGGGGCGAGACCAGAUUUACAGAACGCUAACUUGCAAACAGCACUCCACCUAGCUGUUGAGCGACAGCACACUCAGAUUAUCCGCCUCCUAAUAGCGAAUGGCGCAAAUCUUAACAUUUGUGAUAAGGAUGGUGAUACGCCUCUUCAUGAAGCGUUAAGACACCACACUCUGCAGCAGCUUAGGCGAUUACAAGAGGAUACAGAUUUUCCAUCUCUUGGUGGAAUCGCGAAUGCACUUGAUAAAAAGUCUUCAGCAUCUAUUGCUUGUUUCCUUGCAGCCAAUGGAGCAGAUUUAACCAUCAAAAACAAAAAAGGACAGACACCAUUAGACCUUUGUCCAGAUCCAAACUUAUGCAAAACACUAACAUCAUAUCGUAAAGGAGCACCCAGCGACGGUACACCCGAGAGUGAGAGCACUUCGUUCAGUGUAGUUCCUAGUACGUCCUCGUCGGUCGCAGCUGAAGCCCCAGCCAUCACCGAAACUGCUCCAAAGCACGACCCUACAACUGACGAAUGCCUCGUCUGCUCUGACGCAAAACGCGACACAUUGUUCAGACCCUGCGGCCAUAUUUGCUGUUGCAACGUCUGCGCUUCUAGGGUAAAGAAAUGCCUUGAGUGUCGAGCACCAGUAACGUCGAGGGCGCGUGUAGGCGAGUGCGUGGUUUGCUCGGAAGCUCCUGCGACUGUGGUUUUCUGGCCAUGCGGGGAUGUAUGCGCGUGCGCCUCUUGCGCGCCGCUAAUGCGCAAAUGCGUCGAAUGCCGCACGCCACUGCACCACCAUAAUAUACACAAGAUCGACCUCGCAAAAGAAAGCACAAGCAACCUAGCGAGCCUUCAAGUAAAUAAGGGUCAGCCAGCGCCAGUUCAAGCCGGACCACAUCUCAUGAAUAACGGCAGCCGGUCUGGAAAUGCACCUCCAGCCCCAAGUAACGCAGCCCCCUCCAUUCCACCUACCAAUUCCAACACUGCCAACAUACCGUCGACAGCAGAGGUGCAGAAGCUGCAGCAACAGUUGCAGGAUAUCAAAGAACAAACAAUGUGCCCGAUUUGCUUGGACCGAUUGAAGAACAUGAUAUUCCUGUGUGGACACGGUAUGUGCCAAAUGUGUGGAGACUGCAUAACAGUGUGUCCAAUAUGUCGUAAGCAAGUUGAAAAACGUAUUCUUCUCUACUAA